AUGAACAAGCCAGGUGGAGACUCGAGUCCAACAUCCCGGCCUGCACGGAGACGAAAGACCUUUGAGACUGGAAAGCCUCGCAAGAGGUUACUCCUCGAGGAGAUUGGAGAUGACUUGAUCGGACAGCUAUACGCAACCUCUAUACACAGUGACCACAUGAACGGCUGCCAUCUUUCAUGUGUUUCAGUUAUAGAUCACUUGCGCAGCGAUGUCAAAGAUGAUCAUGUUUCUUCGUCGGCCAGCUCAUCAAAUUACAGCUCCCAAACAGCCCAAUCGACUUCAACUUCAACUUCAACUCCAACUACGAGUUUCGACGGCCACGAACCAAUACACUUUACUAGCGAAACAACAAAACUCGAAUCUCCGCAUCCAAAUUCAGAACCCACACUCGUGUCUCAAGACCACGGAAACCAAGCAGAUGUAUUUAGCCUGGAUGACUUCGCCACAAUGACGGCAAUCGAGUACCUCGCCGCGAAAUACGGCCGGGUGGCUCACAUGGGCAUCCUCGACCGAAGCUACCGGUUUUUCGUGAACAAAUCCCGAACGGCAGCUAUCUCCUUCAAAAUCCAGAACUCCGUCGCCAUAGUUGCCGGCGAUCCUCUCUGUCCUCCCUCCUCCGUCCCGGAGCUCCUCGCCGAAUUCACGAAAUACCGAAAGCGACAUCACUGGGGGAUCGCAUUCAUGAGCGUCAGUGAGGCUUUCUUGCAAGACUAUGCCCGACCGAAUAACUGGACAACUAUCCGCUUCGGCACAGAGCGCGUCCUAAACCCCAAAACCAACGAAGUCCUCCUCGAAUCCAGCGGGAAACGUAUAACAACGCAGAACCGCCAGCUGCUCAACAAGUCCAAGGGCGGCAUCACAUUACAUGUCUACGCUCCAGCCGUCCACGGGACAGACCACCACCUCCAAUCAACCCUGAUCUCCAUCUACGAUACGUGGCGCGCCCACAGAAACGAGGCCGCAUCCCCCCAAGCUUUCAUAACAGUCUACGACCCAUUCGCCCUCCCCUCGCUCAUGACGUUCAUAUACACACGCGACAGCAACAAUGUUGUCAACGGCUUUGCAGCACUGCGCCGCCUAGGCUCAGACGGAUACCACGUCGAUCCGUGCAUUGCAUCACCUGGCUCAAGCAAGGGAAUUAGCGAUCUAUUACUCGUCGCGGCAAUGGCGUUGCUUAACCGGGCAGGCGUCUCAUAUUUGGGAUUCGGCUUCGAGCCGUUGCAUGCACUUUCUCGGGACGAUAUUGUCGGCAUGCCGGGCCCGAUGCGGAGCUUCACGCGCGAGCUCUACGGACAUGCAUUUCAGCGGUUGCCGAUUGGUGGAAAGAAGGCUUAUCAUGAUAAGUUUCGACCUGAUCUGAACCUGGAUCAAGGGCUUUAUCUGGUUUUUCCUUCGGGGUUCCCUGGGCCCAGGGUCUUGAUGGCCAUGACGCAUAUGGCGAAUAUUAGCUUGAGGAAGAUUUUCUGGGCAGAUGUGAGGGGAUGGGUGGGGAGGAAGGAGGCAGAAGGGACUAAGGAGGGUUCCGGGCGUCAAAUCGGGGGCGUGGGCCCUCAACAACCCUGA